UCUGCUGUGGGGCCAGUUCAGUGCAACAGUCUCUCUGCAUCAGCGCUACCUUCGGACUGCUCCACUCCGCGGUCUGUGAAGCACUAAUCAUGGGACGGCAGGGGCAAGGAUGGCUGUUCUACGCGACCCUUCUUCUGGGUUCGGCCGUGUCUGUGUAUGGUCUGACCCGGGCAGAGUUCUUCCCGUUCGGCCAAACCACUGGAGACCACGUUCUGGAACAGGGGAAUGACCGGUCGCAACAACUAGCGCUGGAUAAACCCGUUUUAUUCUUCGAUGGAAAGUUCGAUACAAUCUACAUCAACACCAAUGGGUUCGUUGCCAUGGCAGAGCCCAGUGCUGAGUCCACAUACCUUGGUAAGAUGCCCGCCGGGUUUGGCAUGAUCGCGGCCCUGCACGGCGACCUGGAUACUGGUGACGGCGUGGGUAAGGUGUUCUACCGUCAGGACUCCAGCCCAGCCACCCUGCGACAGGCUGCAGAGCAGAUCAACAGGGCUUUUCCAGAGGACGAUGAGGUGGAGCCGGAACACACGGUGGUCGUCACCUGGGUAGAUGUGGCUUCCAGUCAACACCAUGACCACAGCAGAGGAGACGGACUGGAGAAACAGAGGAAUAGCUUCCAGCUGGUGAUAGCGUCAGCUGAGACCACCUCCUAUGCCAUCCUGCUCUACCCUAGGAAGGGGAUGCAGUUUGCCUCCACAGCUGUAGGAGGCAGUAGUCAGGCCAUGCAGGCGGGCUUCAGUCAAGGGCUGGUUAACUACCUGGUGUUCAGCACCCGACAGGGACCGUACUACCGCAUCACCACCGAGAGGGAGACCUCUGUCAGGGCGCUAGCAGAGGAGACCAACUCAGGUAAGCGAGGCGUGUGGGUGUACGAGAUUGGGACUUCUCCUUACUUCACCAGCGUGGCCCCAGGAGAGGUGACAGACCUGCCCCCAGACACAGGCCUGGAGUCAAGGGUGUCGGGGGAGGCUACCUCAAAGAGGUAUCCUGGAGGAGGGCAACAGGUGACGUAUUCUCCCUACGAACCGGAGGAGGAGGUGUACCGCAAGGAGCAGCCUCACCAGGGACCUCACCACGGGGGCCAGUUCACAGUCCACACGGUCCAGUACCAGCCUCAGGUGGUGGUAGUAGAUGAUGGAGACAUCAACGUGGAUGUGUUCUCCUACAACUCUGAGACAUGUGCCAACAACAGAAACAAGUGUUCCACCUUCGCCGACUGUAAAGAUUACGCCAGCGGUUACUGUUGUCACUGCCGGCCUGGCUACUACGGCAACGGAAUACAGUGUGUGUCAGAGGGUAAGCCCCAGAGGAUGAACGGCAAGGUGAACGGCAGGGUGUACGUGGGCAACUCUCCGUCUCCCGUCGAGUUCAACAGCAACGACCUGCACUCGUACGUGGUAGCCAAUGACGGGCGAGCGUACGUGGCCAUCAGCACCAUCCCUGCCAGGCUGGGCCCCUCCCUCCAGCCCCUGUCAGCCCUGGGAGCAGUCAUCGGAUGGGCCUUCGCCCUGGAGCAGCCUGGAUACAAGAACGGAUUCAGCAUCAUCGGUGGGGAGUUUAGGUGUCAGGCCGAGGUGACCUUCCUACCAACCCAGGAGAAGCUGACCAUCAAACAGGUGUUCAGUGGAAUAGAUGAGCAUGAUCACCUGGUGGUCAGUACCACUCUGGAGGGUCGUGUCCCCGAAGUCCUCCGAGGAUCCACUGUCCAGAUAGAACCCUACUCUGAGAUCUACCAGUACAGCUCCAACAUGAUCACGUCUUCCUCUACAAGGGACUACACUGUGAGUCUGGAUGAUGGCUCUGCUGAGACCAGGACGUACCAGUGGAGACAGACCAUCACCUUCCAGAGCUGUCCACAUGACGAGGCCUCAAGGGCCGUGCUGCCCACACAGAUGCUGAGCGUGGACCAGGUGUUUGUGAUGUACGACUCCAACAACGAGCUGAUCCGAUACGCCAUGAGCAACAAGAUCGGUGAUGUCAACGGAGGCCAGCAGGAAGUGGAGAAUGCCUGUUUCACUGGGAGACACGGCUGUGACACAAACGCCGUCUGUAGACCCGAACAGGGAACACAGUUCACCUGCCGGUGUGCUGCCGGCUUCACUGGAGAUGGACGCUCCUGUUACGACAUUGAUGAGUGUAGAGAAACGCGUCAGAUCUGUGGAGAACACUCAGUCUGCAACAACCAGCCCGGAACCUUCCGCUGUGAGUGUAAUGAUGGAUACCAGUUCGCCAGCGACGGGCACACCUGCAUAGGAGUGGACCGUCCCGUGGACCACUGCGCGGCCGGCAGCCAUGACUGUGACAUCGCGGAGCGCGCUCACUGCAGCUACAGUGGAGGAUCCUCUUACAUCUGCUCCUGUUUGCCUGGGUUCCAGGGACACGGACGGGUCUGCCAAGAUAUUGAUGAGUGCCAGUCUGCCAGGUGCCACCAGGAGGCUGUGUGUUAUAACACCCAGGGGUCCUUUACCUGCCAGUGCAGGCCUGGUUACCACGGUGACGGCUUCUACUGCUCCUCAGAACGUACGAAGACGCCGUGUGAGACCCAGAGGGACCGUCUCCUUGGCUCUACAGGGUCCCAGCCGGUGCCUGGUCAGUACGUGCCUACCUGUGACAGCCAGGGAACCUACGAAGCCACCCAGUGUCACGACUCCAUCGGACACUGUUGGUGUGUUGACCGUAACGGACUGGAGGUCCCAGGAACACGCACCGGGCCCGGCAGAGGCAGGCCACUGUGUAUAGAACAAGGACCAACAGUUCGUCCCCCAGUAGGCCCUACUCCCAGGCCAGAUGUUUACCCUUUACCCCCCGGCACACACCUGCUCUUUGCUCAGAGUGGACGCAUCGACUUUGUCCCUUUGGAGGGCUACAACAUGAAGAAGACAGAGGCAAAGACUGUCCUGCAUGUACCGGAGAAGGUGAUCAUCGGGGUGGCCUAUGACUGUGUGGAGAAGAUGGUCUACUGGACAGACAUCACAUCCCCGUCUAUCAGCAAGGCCAACCUGCAGGGAGGAGGAGCCAUCCCUGUCAUCAGAUCAGAUCUGGAGAGUCCAGAAGGGAUCGCUAUAGACCAUGUGGGUCGGACACUGUUCUGGACAGACUCUAUGAAAGACCGCAUCGAGGUAGCCUCUCUGGAUGGGACCAAGCGACGCGUCCUCAUCGACACGAACUUGGUCAACCCCCGAGCCAUCAUCGUUGACCCUGUCAAUGGCAACAUGUACUGGACAGACUGGAACCGCGAAGCUCCUAAAAUCGAGACUUCUGCCAUGGAUGGAACCAACAGGAGAGUUCUGGUGAAGGAUGACCUGGGGCUACCGAACGGACUCACCUACGACCCGCAGAGCUCUCAGCUGUGCUGGGCCGAUGCAGGAACACACAUGAUCGAGUGUAUGAACCCAGUGCAGGGAGACAGGAGGAAGGCCAUGGAGGCGAUCCAGUACCCAUUUGGAAUCACCUCCUAUGGGAAGAACAUCUACUACACUGACUGGAGGAGGGAUGCAGUGAUCAUGGUGGAUCGUCAAGCUGGCACGGAAACGGAUGUGUUCCAGCCUCAGAAACAGACCAGGCUAUACGGAAUCACCACGGCAUACGCUCAGUGCCCCUCAGGUAAAAACUACUGCGCGGUGAACAAUGGAGGAUGCACCCACCUAUGUUUGGCCACACCCAGAGGUCGCUCCUGUCUGUGUCCCAACAAUGCACUUGGCGUCAGCUGUGUGGAGAGGGAGGGGGGCAGGUUUUGAAGUGGAGAGGGAGGGGGGCUGGUUUUGAAGUGGAGAGGGAGGGGGGUAGGUUUUGAAGUGGAGAAGAAGGGGGGUAGGUUUUGAAGUGGAGAGGGAGGGGUGUAGGUUUUGAGGUGGAGAAGGAGGGGGGCAGGUAUUGAAUUGGAGAGGGAGGGGCAGGUUUUGAAGUGGAGAGGGAGGGGGGCUGGUUUUGAAGUGGAGAGGGAGGGGGGCAGGUUUUGAAGUGGAGAAGGGGGGGGGGGUAGGUAUUGAGGUGGAGAGGGAGGGGGGCAGGUUGAGAGACAGACAGGGCACUCAGAAAUAAUGGCUACAUCAUGUGUAUUUUAUCUUAUCUUUAACUCUGCAUUUUUGUAAAAGGACCGUGAGAAAGCAUUUCACUGUUAGUCUACACCUGUUGUUUACCAAGCAUGUGACAAGUCAAAUUGGACUUGAUUUGAUCCCAGGCUGACUACAUUGUAGACGCCUGCCAGAUCUCACAACAUCUGGAUGUGUGUUUAAUUAACAUACAGUUUAUCUGCUAACCACAUCAUUUGAUAUAUCAACCAAUCAAUCAAUCAAUAACAUUUACUUUAUAAAGCCCUUUAUAUACCAGCAAUCUGAUGUAAUAUAGAAAACUGGUGGCUGGCUGCGCAGUCCGUGAUGUACUACACAACCGUUGGUUGAUACAAUGCAACAAAGAAUACGAUGUAGUCGGCGGAGAACGUAACCAUAGAUACGUAGCCUCAUGUCUUCUCUGGUGCCCUGAGGAGUUAGAUGCCGCUAGUCUCUUAACAUAGAAAUAUAAACCGUAGAACGGGCCUCACCGUUCACGUCAAUGAUGUCGUAAUGGUGUGGGCUGGCAGCCUUUGCGAGUGUACCAGGGUUACCAGGGUUACCAGGGUUACCAGGGUUAGAGGUACCAAGCCCUUUCUAUAGAUUAUAUUAAUAUGACAUCUAGACUGUCGCUGUUCUGAACAUCGCCACUGAAACCAUUUUAUCUCUUUAUCUCACUGAUUUUUUUUUAUCCCAGGUAGUUUUUUAAAUUUCCCGUUUAUAAAGUCACAUACAUUUUUAUUUAGAAUUGUAAAUAAAUACGUUUGAAGUAUAAAUACAUUGUUCUAUGGAGCUGAUAAGAGUAUUUCAAGGAAAAUCCAUGUGAUUUUGAUUUGUGUGUGUUAGUAUUAUUAUAUCAAGCCAACUGUUGUUGGUCAAAAUAAAUCUUAGCUUGUUACGACUCCCCUCCUUGCUCUGUGAAAUGUGUGGCAUCAGAUCACCCCCUGCAUCCCCCAUUUAAACGUAUGUUACAGAGUCGACUGUAUUCGUUGCUGGAGUGGCAGAGAGGAGUUUACUGUCCAUCCUGUGCAGCUAUCCAAUUAAAAAAAAAAUGUUUUUUUUGUUUUA